UAUUAUAGGCAUAAUAAUAAUUGCUCAAUCUCGUUCUUAGUACAUAUAUACACAUCAUGGGAAAAUCUUCCUGCUGCGAUAAAAAUGGAUUAAAGAAGGGUCCAUGGACUGCUGAGGAAGAUCAGAAGUUGAUCGAUUAUAUUCAGAAACAUGGACAUGGGCGAUGGCGGAUCCUCCCAAAGAAUGCAGGUCUAAAAAGAUGUGGGAAGAGUUGUCGUCUUCGCUGGACUAAUUACUUAAGACCUGAUAUUAAAAGAGGAAAAUUUUCUUUUGAGGAAGAACAGGCCAUAAUACAGAUGCAUAGUGUCUUGGGGAAUAAGUGGUCAGCUAUUGCUUCUCGCUUGCCUGGAAGAACUGAUAAUGAGAUCAAGAACUACUGGAAUACUCACAUAAAGAAGAAGCUUUUAAGAAUGGGAAUUGACCCUGUAACUCAUAAGCCACGGCUAGAUCUUCUUCAACUAUACUCGGUUCUUAACUCGUCUCAGAUGAAUAUUUCAAGUUUGCUGGGAAUCGGGUCCAUGUUGAACCCGAAUCUACUUAAUCUAGCCACUUCUCUCUUACCAUCUGAUCGAGCCAGCAACCCAGAUUCUAGUUCAAAAGAUUUUCAGGAAAACCCAUUUGAAAACAUGCAACCAAACCAGCUGCAGAACCAGAUUCAAUCCUGUUCUCAAAAUCUAAAUGAAACCCAAUUCCUGCAAGGCAAUUUAGAGCAACUUUCUAGUAGCCAAACCAGUUUCAGUUGCCAAGGUUCAUGGCAAACUAGUGGAAAAUCUAUUGAUAUGGGAGAGAGUUUCACACCAUAUUGUUGGUAUGAUGAGAUGAGUGAUCAAACUAUACUGAAAACUUCGUUUGAAAACCUGUCAAAUUUGGGUUUCGGCUCACUGCUAUCAGCACCUUCCUCUAGCACAACUCCGUUGCAGUCUUCGUCAACAACAUAUAUCAAUGGUAGCAUUGAAGACGAAAGGGAUAGUUUCUGUAGCAAUAAUAUGUUGCUGUUUGAUAUGCCAAAUAGCUUGGAUGUCAAUGGUCUGUAGUGUUAAUUAAUGUUAGCUAGCUAAAUAUUUAAUGAAUGUUCAAGUCUUUUUUCUUUUUUUAAAAGAAAAAGACUUCAUUUUCCUUUUA